AUGAUCAUGUUGUCUGGAGCGGGUUUGUAUGAAAUUCCAUCAUUCUAUGACCUCUGCUGUGAAUUCCUCCAUCAAUACUUUACUCCUUUUAUGCUACUCUUUCUGAUCAACAGCGAAGCAGCUCGCCUCGUCGAUGCUCUUCGACGCCGACGUGUCACGAUCGCCAGUUGGCUCGAUCGCCUCGACUCGAUCUCGGUCUCGGGCUCGGGCUCGCCAGCCGAACGACAUCGCCUUGUGGCAGUCGCUCGCCGUCUCGUCGCCUGGCGGGAAUCGCGCCAGCCCGACGUCGUCACGGAGCCGGCCGCUGGUCGCUGUCCCGGUCCCAGUCUCGAUCCCGGUCUCGGUCCGGGCGUCUUUGCCGUGCGUCUUUCGCUGGAUCCCGCGGUGCUCGUCUACGCCGUCGAAGUGGCUCGAGCGUCGAUGUGCUCGCACGCAACGUCCGAUUCCCGCUCGUCUCACGAGGCCCCUUCUUCGGUGUCGGCGUCCGACGGCGAUUGGCUGGCUGCAACCGACGAAUCGGGACGGCUGGGCAAUCUGGACAGGCUGCGCGGCCUGGCGCGACGCAGCUCGGCCGGCGGGAGUGUCUUUUCUGCUCUGGCCGGUUCGUGGUUGUGCCGUCUGGCACGACUCGAAGAAGCCGACGAAAAAAGCAGCUGCAAAGUUGAUCUGGAGCAGACCUUUGUGCCAUUCCCUCCUCCUCCGCCUACAUUUGCCUGUGCUGCACCAAUCGGUCACACUUUUGGCUUUUUCCAACUGUCCCAUGACAUGAGAUUGCCUGCUGGUGUGUUUCUUUUUGUCAGUCAUACCCUACUUGAGUUGGUAUCUUCGACACUGCUUUUCAACUGCCAAUUGGACCAUUCUGAGAUAUAUUCCGCCGUCUCGACGUUUACUAUUGGCCAGAAGACCUCUUGGUUUUGGUGCCGGGGUCACCUUGAAGAAGGUGCCCGGCAUCAUGUCUGCAUUCGGUCGUGGUUGCCAUGCGUGGGCCAAUCUUCAGCCAUUUCACCGGCAUCGUAG